UAACUAAAAAUUACAUUUAAAUUUUUGGCACACAAGGAAAAAGCAAAUAAAUAAUAUAAAACUUAGUUAGUUAGUAGCAAUUUUAGAGAAAUUUAAUAAAUGGAAGACAGAUUCGAUACUUUAAACGAAAAUUAAAAAAAUGAAGUCAUGAACUUCUUAUAAAUUACAGGAACAGAAGACAUUAAUAAUGCUAUUCAUUACAUGGAAAUGAGCAAUUAUGAUGUUGGUAACGCUGUUAAUUUGUAUUUCCAAAAUCAAGAAAGAGGUGGUGAUUUCAACUUUGGUUCUUCAACCAGAUAAGGCCCAAUUGGAAAUUAAUUGCCUAGAAGUAACAAUAACAACGCAAAUAACUAGAUUCAAGAUCCUUUAGAAUAGAUUGUUAAGGAAUAUAAAAGGCACCUUGAUCGCAAAGGUUAGUAGGAAGAUAGUGGCAUAACUGGUAUGUUAAAAAAAACAUUCAGAGCAACAAUGAAUGGUGCUAGAAAUAUAUGGAAUAGUGUUAUGCCAAUCAUGAUUAGAGGUGAAACUCCAGGCGGUGAAGAAUUUAGAUUAAGCCUUAGAAAAUAAUUUCCAGAUUUAGAAACAUACAACUUCUAAAAUGGGACAUUUGAGGAAAAUAUGUAAAAGGCAGAUGAAUCUUAGCUUCCUUUACUUGUGUAUUUCCAUAUUGAAGGAAACAAUGCAAGCUCAUAAUUGAUAAAAUAAAUUUUGUCAAACUAAUAAAUAAAAACAUACGUGAAUAAAAGCUUUCAUAUUUUGGGAUUAAAUGGGAGAUCUGAUCAAGCUAAGUCACUUUUAUAAUAUGUUUAGUCUUCAAGCUACCCUUGCUUUGCAUGCUUUAAGAAAACUUUGUUUGAUAAAACAGAGCUAUUAAAUUUAAUUGUUAUAACAACAGAAAAUAGUAGUACCGAUUAUUAUUUAGAAUAAAUUAAGACUGCAAAACAAAAUUUCUAUAUGCUUUUGAGUGAGGAUGACAAAGUAAAAAAUGCUUUGAAAAAUCGUUAAGAAUAAAGAAGACAACAAAGAGAAAACUUCAUUAAUGAGCACAUAUUUGGCAUUCCACCUCCUCCACCACAAUUAACACCAGACUAAUUAGCAGCCUAGAGAGCUUAAAUUGAAGAGGAUAGAAUGCUAAGAUAAGCAUAAGAAGAGGCUUUCAAAGAAGCAGAAAGACAAGCUGAAUUAUAACUCAGACAAAAGUAAGAAGAGGAAUAGAGGAAAAAGGCAGAAGAGCAGAGAAAGAAAUAAGCUGAAGAAGAAAGAAAGUAAUAAAUAGAAAUAAAGAGAGCCAAUUUACCUGAAGAACCUGCUAAAUCUCAUCCUGAUGCCUUCACUAUUGCCUUCAGAAUUCCUGAUGGAAGUCGUGUGAUGAGAAGAUUCCUUAAAAACUAAAAAAUUUAAUAUCUUUUCGACUUCAUUGAUUGUAAAGAUGAUCUAGAAUUUGAAAGUGAAGAAAGAAAAUUUGACUUAGUUUAAACAUUCCCCGCUUUAUCUCUUUUAGAACAUAUUAAUAAAUCUAUAAAUGAAGUAUUUCCAGACUCUGUUUAGGAAAUUAUUAUAGUUAAAGAGCUCUGA